UAGUAACUUGAAUUCCUCAGCCAUUGUUCUGUUGUUCAGAAAGAAACUUCUUUAUGUAUGAAUCCAAUUGUUAUCGCCACAGAUUCGUCAAGCUUUCCCGUGUACUAUCUAGCAUUGGUCUUCGACAAACAGCCUCCCAACAUCAGCCCACGGUAUUGGAUUUACUUGUGGAUCAUCGGGUGACGUGUCUCAACGGGGGUUUAGUAAUAUUCUUCAUCUAUUCUGGACGAGAUUAAAGCCCGUUGUUUGUCCAAUAUUAAACUCGUAAUGGUAAAACCCUGUACGGAGCAGUACAGCAAAGUCAAGAUAUUUUUCGCGUUAGCCCGUCUAUAGUUCUUCGGACGAUGGGGAGAGAUUUACGGAAUUCCGGCUCGCGGUAUGAUCUGCCACGGGCAGUGAUCUCCGCGACUUGCCUUUAUGAACCCACGGCUCCACUUUGCAAAUCAACUUCAAAAAGAAGAAUAUGAUAAUUGGAAUUAAAGUGAGAUAACGGUUUCGCACUCUUGAUAACGUUUUUUCAUCUUCUUCUUUUUUUCCCCCAGGAAGGUUCCGGUCGUUCGAUUGGAUAUCCUGAUCUCCUAGAUGGUCCCACAAAAGAUAAAACGGCAUUGAGUGCCAGUCGCCAAGAUGUGUUUGUCAAAGACUCCACGUGAUUUUACUUCAAGAGGAUAUUAAACAAAAACAACAAACCCACCUCAUAGUGACGUCCUUCUGGAACAGGAAAUAGUAUACAGAGUAAUUUAUUACUUCCCAUUUCUGGUGUAUGAAUCCAUGCGCCGUCUGUGAGAUGUUGGAGAUGUAGUUCCGGUUUGGCACGCGUGCGUGUUUUAAUGGAUGUCAGCUCGUUGUGGGAGCACGUGUACUGUCGCCCGAUGAGGUGACCGCUGGCUGGAUCAUGAAUGUGACACUGUGGAUUUUACUGGCUGUUCUAGGCGUCUACUGCUGCUUGACACCGGCCAAAGCAGGACGAUCGGCGUUCAAGAACAAGUACAGAGCCCGUCCCACCUUUCUGUCGACGCCCAAGAACAUAACAGUUCGAGUGGGCCGCCUCGCCAAGCUGCCUUGUUCCAUCAAACACCUCGGAACCAAACAGGUUGCGUGGGGUCGAAUGGGCGAGGAUCACUUCCUGACAAUCGGGACAUUCACAUGGGUUCGAGACAAGCGAUUUAUUGUGGAACACAAAAUGCAUGAAAAUCACAUUUCUGACUGGAAUUUACUUAUCAGAAACGUCACGAAGGAAUAUUCUGGCAUUUACGAAUGUCAAAUCACGACGGCCAAGAAAAUAUCGCGCCAUAUUCACUUAAAUGUCGUAGGGCCACCGCUUAACCUCCCAGGAAUAGUUCUGAGAGGCAGUAAAUACAUCGAUGUUGGUGACCCCAUCUCGCUCAUCUGUAACGCCACGGGGGGCGCGCAGAUCCCGGAGGAGAUUGACUGGUUUUACGAGGGUGAUAAAAUAGACUCUUACAAAUACCCGAACAUUUUGAUAACGAAGUAUCGCUCGUUGACGGACCAGAGUCUGAUCAGCGAGCUGAUGAUAGACCGCAGCACGACCAGGGACAGCGGCAUGUACAUCUGUCGGAGUUCAGAGAGAGAAGUCGACAGCAGAAAAGUAACAGUUUUAGUAGCUGAUACUUCCAAUGUGAAAAGAGGAACGGGGAAAAGUUCUUCUUCGCUGGAAGGUGUUAGACAUGGUGGUGCGUCCGGACUAUGCAGUGGUAUCACUACACACUUAGUUAUGUUUUUAUCAAUACUUUUUCUUCAACGGGUGUCAUGACCUUGGUGUGUGGUGGAGAUUCGUCUUGGAGUAUAGUGCAAUAUUCUGACAUUAGGAAUACAAGGACGUAAGAAACCCGACACGAGAAGCAAUCGCCUGGAUAGAAGAGACAAAUGGAGUUGAUGACGUCAUUCUCUGCCAUUAGAGCGGGAAAAUAUCUUUGUACCAACAUUUCAAAAAUGUAAUGCGUAGAGGUAUUUCGAGGGAUUAUUUGUCAAUAGCAUUUAAGGCAUAUGCACACAAAUUCUAGACAUAUGGAUACAAAACAAAUUAUAUCUUUGAACCAAGAUUGAAAACUUAAAUGCGUAAAGAUAUUUCAAGGGAUUAUUUUGCAAAACCUGUAAGGUAUAUGCUUACAAAUUCUAGAAAAAGUAUGCAAAACAAAUUAGUUAUUUGUAUUGGCAUCAAUGGGAUUAUUAGGAACUUCACUAAAUCCUAAAGGCAUAUGAAUACAAAUUAUUUAAUUACAAAAAUGAAGUUCCUUAUACAAUAGUGGAAUUAUUAUCAAGACCUUCAUGGCAUUUGAAUACAAAUACGUCACAAAUGGACGUUCACAUAUGGUUGUUUUUAUUGAGUAAUAGUGUUAACUUGAAUAUUAGAUUGUUCAUGAGCACUAGAUGAUCUUGAGAAAGAACACCAAGCGUUGAAGAUGGUGACUUGGUUAUGUUCGUAUCUAUUGCAAAUGUCAUAAAUGCUACUUGUGUUAGGCCUAGUAAAUAAGAAUUCGGGUUUUCUAGAUCACUUCACAUAUAGAUAAACCCGUGUCAAGCAGUGAACAAGAUGAGUUUUUAAGAAGAAAAAACAUGUUCACCAGGCAGAUGACUGAUUACUGGUUAUAAGGAAAUAAGAAAGUGGUUUCUUAAGACAGUGACAGUUUAUAAACAAAUCUGACUGCUUUAUAAAAGUGGUCACUUAAGCAGGUUUGACCACACAUCAGGAAUAACUGACCUCAUAAACGUUUUUCAUGCAGCCAUCUUAACUUGAGAGACUCACCAUAUCAAACCUGAACAAACCGAGAACGUUGUAGCCAUAUAACGCGGAUGUCCUGCUCAAAAUUACUGCAUGUGUGCAAAAUGAUGUGGGACGUUAUUUUUAAACUGAAUACGCUAUACAACAUUAUGUAUGGUCUCUGUAAACGAUCGACGCUACUUACAGUGGUGGCUUUUGAAAAUGUGGCUCUUAGAGAGUUGGUUGGAAAGUUUCAUAAAAGUGUCUGAUUAUCAGAAUUGCCGUAUUCAUUAUGAAAUGCCUAAGAGCAGUUGCGUUGAACAUUUUAGAAGCGAAACCGUAAAUACAGCAGUAGGAAUUAGCUUCUGAAAUGUGUAAUAUUUGAAACGGGUUUUGCCUUACAGCAGUGACAGUAUCUAUAAACGGAACAGGUUGUGAGUAUUCGGGUUUGUUUACCCAUGAUGCAGUGCGAUGUUCACGUCGAACUUCGUGCGACUGUUUGAUCCUGUCAUAUCACGUGAUUAGAAUUUUGUAUUGUCAAAUCUAUUGUAUAUAUCUAUUGUGUGUUUAUAUAUACGAUUGUGUCAAUGCAGUCACAGUUGCAAGUUGUAACCUGGUUGCGUUUCUUUGCGAAACGUCAUCAGCCAUGUAAUUUGUACUUUGAAGUUACAUAUUGAAUCUAAGUUCUAUUUAUAGAUAUGAUAUUAUUCAGUAUAGAUGUAGUUCUUGUUAUUCAUAAGAGUGGUUCGUUGUUAUGGGAAUAAAGUAACAUUUUAUUUUGAAAUCAUGGGUGUUUAAAAGUCUCAUAUACCGUAUAACCGGAAAUUUUCGUGGUCUUAAUUUUUCGUGGUUUGGGGUAUAAAAACAUUUCAAGGUUUCUUAUUUUCGUCGUUUGCCAAAUCUAAAUUGAAAGUGAUUUUAUUUUCGAGUUUUAGCAAGUCUAGUUGCGAGAAUACAUGCUAUUCUAAAAUAAAAAAGUUAAUUGCCGCCAUUCAAAUCCAUUGAAGACAAUUAUGUGAUCGAAACAAUAUUGUUAUAAUCUUCGUUUUCAAGCAGAUUUCCCUUCAUAGAUAACUACUUAAAUCGGCAAGAAACGUGUUUGUGUAUUUUAAAAUUAUUACUUAAUGUUUGCGAGUUUGCCUGUUUUAAAACGCGUUUUCUUAUUUUCCAGAAAGUGGCACAAGUACUUUUUAAAACAAAAUGUCCAUAAAACAACGAAUCACUUAAUCAUCAGCCAUAAACACAUUAUGAGCUCGGCCCGACCAGGCGCGGAUAUAGUGGGGGGGCCCAAGGGGCCCGGGCCUCCCCCCCCCCUAUUUUUGGGGUCAAGUUAUUUUUUAUUUUUUUUACUAUAGCAUACACUAGAGUGGAAUUACACAAAAAUGCACUUAUUUCCCAAGAGUCUUUAAAUUAUAUUGUAUGGUCCUACAAGUUUUCGUUGAUUUCGACAGAGGAAUGACUUACCAAUAUCAUCGACGAUUUUACGUGACCUGAAAUAUACUAGUACACCAGUUGCAGAAAGAAAGAAAUGUUUUGUUUAACAAUAUACUCAACACAUUUUAUUUACGUUUAUAUAGCGUCAGAAAUAUGGUUAAGGACCACAAAACAAUGAGAAAGGAAACUCGCUGCCGCGA